AUGAAUGGAGAUGGUAUUUUGGUGCAGGGGAAUCGUCUGUUUGCAUGUGACGAGAAGGGGCUGAGUCAAAGGGCCGAUUCCUUGGCCAGUGGAGUGGUGGCACGCCACCAAACCAGAAGAGCCACCGCUGCCACUGCAAACGUCACUCGAGAGCAUUUGACAUUGACGUCGUUUGUCUCUGUGUCUGACCGUCGUUACCCAGUUGGUUGCGUGGUGCCGACCAAGACGGUUCACCCAGAUAUGCAGAAAAUGUUCCCCCGGUCAGUGAUUUACCCAAACCCAUCAGGAUCGACCACAGCUGCCAUUUUUUCUGAGUUUGUGCUUCAAUGCAUGCUCUUGCCAGCAAGAGAACACAUUGCAAGUGGCCAAGCACUGGUCUUAGUGCUUGAUUCGGGCGGGGGUCAAUGGUUGCACCUAUCUCCGAGACUGCUUCAGUUGUGUUUGAAACACAACUGUAGAUUGUUCUACCUCCCUGCAUAUACAACAAGAGCACUUUGUCCCCUGGAUAUGAAUAUCCACAGUGAGAUGGCCAGGCUCUGGGCGGCCUUCAAGGCUGCUUGGGCACACAAGCAACAGCCGCUCACAUUGUUUGUGGCGUUGCGGGCUGCGUCAGAAGUUUGUGACUCAUCACUGCAGCCUGGUGUGGUCCGGGCAAGCUGGGCCCAGAUUGGAAUCCGUGCUGGGGAGGGCUAUGAUCGGGAGGUCAUUUUCGUUCAGCGUCAUAAGGACAUCUUCAAGAGCUUGAGGGAUGGAAAGGGCACGGCUGCAUCGUCCUCCGCUUCAUCUGCUUUGGAGAUAUGUUCAAGAAUGUCGCCGCAGAAGAACAAACAUUCAUGCGGACAGCUGGUGGGCGUUGAUUGCAAAUUUUGCCCGCACUGCGGCGGAGAAAACAGCAAGUUUGACAGCAGUAAGGCUGCCUUGUUUCAGACCAGACAUCGUAAGGGAUGGGAAAAGAAGGAGGCGCCAGCUGAUGUCAAAGAUGUCACUCCUGUGGAGGCACCUCUUCUGGCUCAGCUGGAUGAUUUGAUGGCGACGCUUCGGAAGAAAAAGAAAGAGCCUGAAAGUGCCGAAGCACCUGCGCCUGCGGCAGAAACACCUGUGGCCCAGCCUGUGGCAGUUGCAGAAGGUCAAUGUGAAGAAAAAGGCGAUGCACCCCCGCCAAGUGAGUUCGACUGCUUGUCAGACGAAGAGCAUGACCUGGCCACAGACAUUGGCUGUAGAAACUUCAUCCUGAGCCACUUUAGCAAAAAGAGACGUAAGGACAUUGUCAAAGUGGCCGAGUUCUAUGUGGGACACCUCAAGGCUCAAGCUUCGAAGAAGCACACCUUGUGGGAAAUUUUCAGUAUGAACGUGAUCCAAAAGAACAUGCUGAAGUCGACAGCUGGCAGGAAUGCUUGGCUGUCGGCUUGGCAGGCCAACAGGGCCAAGCGGUUCCAGAAGGUUCACAAGAAGUGA